AUGAACGAAGUUGUUAAAAAAAGCGACGCAGAAGAUUCAUACAGACGUCGGUUGACCCGGCAAGUUUCUAUGCACACUUUGAAUGGCUUUAACGAACUCCGGCUGAACGUAAAACUCUGUGAUGCGUCAUUGAUCCUCGAUAGCGGUGACACAUUUCCAAUACAUCGAUCAGUAUUGAGCGGUUCAAGCGAUUAUUUUAGAAUACUUUUCACUACUACGUUGCAUGAAGGAGAAUACACGAAAAUAAAUCUAAAAUCGAUUGAAAGUACAACAAUGGAAUUUAUUUUGCAGUAUAUUUACAUGAGACAAAUUGACAUAAACUAUGAGAACGUAAUGGAUAUCAUGCGGACUGCUGAUUAUUUAUGCAUAGACGGCUUGGUACAACUCUGUCACGAAUUUGUCGUUGAAUGCCUGGGACCUGACAAUUGUGUUUCUGUAUUACAAUUUGCCGAUUACUAUUACUUUGGAUCAUUGACGAAUGCCGCAUACAAAUACAUCAUCAAAGAAUUUAUGACCAUUGCAGAACAAAGUGACGAGCUGAUGAAACUUCGUCAAGAAGAAUUAAAACAAAUAAUCGAAGACAACCAACUGAACGUAAAACAGGAAGAAUGUGUUUGGGACAUUCUGUUGAAAUGGGUGGACAAGGAUCCCAAAAAUCGGAAAAACGAUUUGUUGUUUCUGCUGCCCAAAGUUCGUUUCGGUCUCAUGGACUCCAAAUAUUUCAUCGAUAACGUCAAGGACCACCAUUACAUAAAAAACCGGGACGAUUGUAGACCUUACAUUAUUGAGACCCUGAAAUUUAUGUACGACCUUCAGCUGACGUCGAGCAUAACCGAUUCCAUUGCGCCGACGCUCGCACGUCCCAGGUACCCAUCCGAAGUAUUGUUCGUCAUUGGCGGAUGGAGCGGUGGCAACCCGACAGCUAUUAUUGAAACAUACGACACAAAAUCUGACCGAUGGACGAGAAUAUUCGAAGAGGACUCACACGGGCCUAGAGCGUACCAUGGUACCGUCGUUAAGGACCAGUAUAUCUACAUAAUCGGAGGCUUCGAUGGAUUGGAGUAUUUCAACUCUUGUAGAAAAUUUAACACAGUUACGAAAACAUGGGAGGAAGUAGCACCGAUGAAUUGUAAAAGAUGUUAUGUCAGUGUUGUGUUGUUAAACGGCAUAAUUUACGCAAUGGGUGGAUUCGACGGUCAUAAUCGGUUAGGUUCCGCGGAAAAAUAUAAUUUCGAACGAAACCAAUGGACGAUGAUAGCGCCGAUGACUUCCCAGCGAAGUGAUGCAUGUGCAGCUGUACUGAAUGGAAAAAUUUAUAUUACCGGCGGGUUCAACGGACAAGAGUGUAUGAAUUCGGUCGAGACUUACAACUUGGACACCAACGAGUGGACACUAAUACCAGCCAUGCAUACCAGACGAAGCGGCGUGUCUUGUAUAGCCUACCACAGCUGUCUGUACGUGAUAGGUGGUUUCAACGGGCUGGUGAGAAUGAACAGCAGCGAGAAGUUCGACCCGACCACGAACCACUGGUCGCGGGUGGUGGACAUGUACAAUCCUCGGAGUAAUUUCGCGGUCGAGGUACUUGACGACAUGAUAUUCGUGGCCGGUGGUUUCAACGGGGUGACCACCAUAGCGAAUGUGGAGUGCUACAACGACAGCACGGACGAAUGGUUUGAAGCGAAAAGCAUGCAAGUGUACAGGUCAGCGCUGUCGGCGUGCGUCAUGAAAAAUUUACCUAACAUUGAAGAUUACAUGCCUCUGGACCGAGAUAGACUAGAUGAAGGCCGGAAAAACAUCGCGAGAAAUUAUCGGACGACUAAUAACAAUGAGACGGAAUGGUUGGUUGAGAACGAAUCCGUCAACACGGUCACCAUUCAAGUGGACAACAAUAAUCGAAACAUCGAUAGCGACGACGACGACGAUGUAAUAUUCGUUGAUGUCAUCAGAGCCGAGCCACUAUGA